GGCCACAACUGUUUCACCCUGUUCGCAAAGUCUUCUGGGAAAGUCUGACACGCCGAGCGGUUCUUUGCUCUGACACAGAAACAGGAAAAAGACUUUCAGUCUGAAUUAUGGGCAAAGAGAAGAGCAAGUCUGGGCCUUUGGCUCGGAGGCCCGACAACUCCGCCUUCAAACAGCAGCGCCUGCCGGCCUGGUCUCCGAUGCUGACCGCCAGCACCGUGCUGCCGUUCUUCUACCUGCUGGCAUUGAUCUGCAUGCUGCUGGGCGUGUGGCUGCUGCUCACCGUCCAACGCACCCAGGAAAUAAAGGUGGACUACACGGAAGCCGGAAGCUGUAACGUCUGCUUUGAAAUGAGGAAGAACAUGAGCAAGGCAGGGCAAAAGUGCACCUGCACGAUCAUGUUUUCCAUCGAGAAAGCCUUUAAGGGCGACGUCUUCAUCUACUACGGCCUCAGAAACUUCCACCAGAACCUCCGCAGGUACAUGGACUCUCGAGAUGAUGGACAGAUGGUCGGAAGGAAGAGAAGUCUAAAGAGUCCCAGCAGUUACUGCAAACCAUUUGACUUUGACGCAAACGGAGUCCCCAUCGCUCCCUGCGGCGCCGUGGCCAACAGCAUGUUUAAUGACUCCUUCCUUCUGACCUAUUACACCAUCAACGGUCCAUCCGUCGUUCCCCUCUUACGGAAAGGCCUCACGUGGUACACGGACAAAAACAUCAAGUACCGCAACCCCAAAGCGGACAACCAGACUCUGGCAGAGGUGUUUGAAGGUACAACGCAGCCCUCGUUCUGGCAGAAGCCCGUCUACAGGCUGGACCCUUUCGACCCGAGCAACAACGGCUUCAUCAACGAGGACCUCAUCGUUUGGAUGAGGGAGGCGGCUUUCCCCAACUUUAAGAAGCUCUACGGGAUUUUAUACCGGGCCAACAAGCCCUACACCAACGGGCUUCCAGCGGGAAACUACAGCGCCACCAUUUCCUACAACUUCCCCGUUCAGUACUUCAGAGGCAGGAAGGAGCUGGUUCUGACCACAGUCAGCUGGUUCGGAGGCCAGAACCACUUCCUGCCCAUCGCUUACCUGGUAACGAGCAGCCUCAUCCUGCUGACGGCCGUCGUUCUCACCGGGGUCUGGUGGAAGUUUGGGAAGGAUGGGAAGAACAUGGCGGAAUGAGGAGAAACACGGAAACGUGUUGGGAAAAUAUUUCUAAAGACCAUUUUCUGGGGAUAACAAAGACUUAGGAAACAAACUUGAUUUUUCUCCAUGCAAGUUAUAAAUAAUUAAAUACAUUUUGGCAAUCAAGGGGAAAAAAAACUGCAGUUCAGAUGCUGCAAAGACUUUUUUAAGAAAAGAAAUCUACCACUGUGUUAAGAAAAAUAAUGUUUUUACUAAGAAUUCUUAUUUUAGGCAAAGAAAUUCUAGUCGCCAAGACAUUUAUUCUCAAAUUACGGUUAUUUUCCUUCCAAGACAAGGGUCUUUUUCCUUUUAAGAUUCAGUAUUCAGUGUAAAACGGCAAAGUUAAAGUCUGCUAUUUUUGGCUGUUUCUCAAUGAAAUUUUGAUUUGAUCUUUCUGAAUCAUGUAAAGGUUCUAGCUUUGAUCCGACCUGAGAAGACAGCUGUUGUUUUUAUUGUAUCUCUAAAGCUACGUACACAUCGCACUUGGCCAGUCAAGCAACCACUUCCUAUGAAAAGUCUAUGUAAACACAAGUUCAAAACUUUUGGGAUCGCAAGUCUCUACAACCGUUUUCGGACUCUACUUACAAAACGUGGCCAUUAAAAAUGUGUCAAAUGCUUUUGUCUACACAUGCUCAAGUGACCACCUUUACUGAGAAGUUUAUGUUUGGGCUUCCAUGUUUAAAACUCGUAUUUACACAGUUUUUGGGCUAUACGUACAACCAGGUAGAACUUUGACCAAUCAGGGACUAGGAAACUCAGAGUAUUGCUGGUUUAUCUGGGGAAAGUAGACACUGCGACAAGGCAGAUGACUCCCUAUCCCUUCUUCCUUCCCCUUUAUUUGGAGGGGGAGUUUAAGUCCAAGUGUGUCUGGGAAAUGUAGUUAUUAAAUCCGACCCUCCAAGUGGAGAGAUCCAAGGUCCUCCCUCGCUAGGCUAAACGCCGUCGUGCUGAGAAGUGCUUUUCUUCAUGUGAGUGUGCUCUGAACCACAGACGUUUACAUUUAAAUGUGAGUAAUGACUUUUUCUUGUAGCGUGACCUUUUUAAAGUUAUAAAACCGCUUUUGUUUUGUAUAUUCAAGCGCUGGAAGCUCCAAUUUUAAAGCUAGCGGACUGGUGAUUAUUGUCCAAACUAUGAGACACUAUUUAUUUUUUUCAUAACUCUUCGUUUGGAGGGCCAAAUGAAGGGGAAGGGAGAAGGGAAGAAUUCGGAUUGGGCCAUUCUCAUCUGCAAGUCGUCUCACAUUGACAUUUGGUUCAGGCUUUUUCUGUGUCACUUUUUGACGUUUCGGGUCUCUCCAACUCAAACAUUUUUUUGACGUGUUGGCUGUUUCCUAACCUUAACCUGGUACUGGUUCGCUCAAUGUAUGGUUUGAGUAGCGGUGCUCUACUCGUCACGGUACUGAACCCCUGAUUUAAUGGGAACAGUCAGCACAUCAAAAAAACGACAAGUUGGGAACGCCCAAAACGUCAAAGUGACACAGAGGGGUCUUUAACCAAAUGUCAAUAUGUGAUGACUUGGGAACCACGUGGACAUUUCGCACUAAGCCUCUUCCAACUGUGUCGGACAUUUGCUAGUGAACAGUAGAAACAAAAAAUAAGCCCCGCCCUCUUUGUCCAGUGUGGGCUAAACGUGUGUUCUUGAAUGGCCGGUGUGUACGUAGUUAAAGGUUUACAGCUCCUGCACUUCCUCUAUGUUUACAAACCUCAAGUGUUUUUGAGUUGAAGCUGGUAUUUAUUUAAUUACAAUGACUCCAUUACCUGUUUUUACUGAUUUCAAUAAAACAAUCUUAAAAUAAAAA